AUGAGUGAGAGUAUUCCAUUGACGAGUACGACUUCCGAGACCGAAGGCGCGUACUCUCCUCCCCUUCUCUUCGAACACGCGCAGCCCGCGGAAUGCGCGGAAAACCACGAGCAUGCAGAACGCUGGGCGGACGAUGUCGGCGACGUCAAGGUCACCGUUUCCGAGCACCUCGUGUCGCACACCGCCGAUUCCCCUCCGCUGAAAGCCGAACCGAAGGAAGAGCAGGCUGAAGCUCGCAAAGCCGCGGCGUGGAUUCCUCAGAAGAGCUUUGGCUAUCCGACGGCUGGCGGCUGGAACGAUUUCGACAAAUCGUCCGCCAUUUUUAAUUUCAGCGAGCGCCCCGUACGCGACGCGGGAUGGCGGUUCGUCUUCGCCGUGCCGCUCGUCGUCCUCGUCGUUGCGGCCCUCUUCGCAUUUGUCGCUGCGCUCUUGGACCCCUCACCCCUCCUCCUUUUUCCGUUCCUCUAUCCGAUAGCGUUGAUUAUCCUCUUCGCCUUCAGCCUUCCCCUGCCCGUGUUGAUCGUCUCUUCUCUCCGCAAAAUCCCCGCUCGCGUCUUGAACGCGCUCAUGAUCCUCGCCGCCGUGAUUUGCGCUCUGCAAAGCGCUACCUCCGCCGUGCACUACUUCGCGUCGCCCGCGCUCGUGCCGCCAAAUGCAGCUGACGUAUCCCCGGUAGUAAAUUAUGGUUCUUAUUCGCCAGGCGACGAUGGCUCGUCGAGUAGCUUUUCUAUUAACACGGACGUUCCGGAAAGCGCGGAGGGGGAGAGCGGGGAGACGAACGAAGGCAGUGGCGGGAUGAUGGGGGGAGAAAUGGGAGAGGAAGAAGAAGCCGCGAUGAUGGACGCCAUUAUGGCGGACGAGGCGAAGGAAGGCACACAAGGGGGCAUGAUGGAAGGGGGCAUGGAAGGGGGAACGGAGGGCGCCAUGGGGGAGCACAUGGAGGGGCAGGAGGACCCAUCUGAAGCGGCGGUCAGCAGCGCUGGUCACGUGGCAACAGAGGCUGAGAGCAGCAGCAGCGCACCUACCAGCACCAGCAGCGCUCCUAGCGGCAGUAGCAGCGCUGCGGCCACGAGCGACCUCGGCAGGGGCCUACUCGAGCUCAUACUGCCCACCGUCGCACACCCCGUGGUAACCGUUACCGCACAGCACGCCGGCCACUGGGUGCGCGUCGCCCACUCCGCCGCCCGCCGUCAUCUCCAAGUCCACGCGUCAGAUGCGGAAAAGGGAGCGCGCGGGCGGUCCUUGCAAGGCGAGAAUCGGCUGUACGGGGUGGCGCCGCUGGCUGACACCCUCGUGCUCCGUCCUCUCUACUUCAUCGCGUUUGUCGUCUUGGGGCUGCUCAGUGUGGUCGCCAUGCUCCUCGUGCUGCGCUGCAGUCACCACCUGUCACUCGCCGCCUCUGCUGUUGCGCAUGCCGCUCAAACGACCGUCUCCCAGGCCCCUGUCAUCUUCCUUAUGCCGCUUCCUGUUAUCCUUGCAUUUUCGUUCCUGGUCCUCCCUUUCAUGUGUCGCAGCGAUGGUGCUAGUGUCAUCCUCUUCGUCCUCCUGCUACCCAUCUUUCUCUUCGUCGCUCAAGUGCUAUCAGCUCUCCUCACCUACUGCAAAGCAGCUGUUUUCGCCCGGCUGUACGUCACAACCAGCAGCAGCAGCAGCAGCAGCAGAGGGAGCAGCGAGGACGGGAAGGCGGGUGAAAGGGAAGAAGGCGUGUCAUUGAGAGGACAGCUAGAGCUCUUCUCCUCAGCCUUCUCCCUGGCUUGCACCUCGUCCCUGGGCACCUGCUGUGCCGUUGCCUUUACCACCUGCACUACCACCAUUGUCCUACUCCUCCUCUCCGCCCUGUCCCUGGCUCUCCUUGGCCAAGGCGUCAUUGGCUGUCUGCUGGUGGCACUGCUUCACUGCACACAGCUUGCCAUCCACUUCUUCCUCAACUCCCUCAUCCUCCCCACCGCUGCCAUGAGCGGCCAUGGCUUCGCGCGCUCUCUGCGCCUCUCGAUCGACAUACUGCGGCGCUUCCUGGCGGCUAUUCUGACGGCCAAUGCUGCUGCGCUCGCCCUGCUUGCCGUGCUCCUAUUUCCCGUGCUCAUAAUAAACUCCAUAUUCGGGGUUGUUACGGUUGUUUUGAGGAUAUUUGCAACUGGAGGUGGCCUGGAAUCUCUAGUUGAAAAUAUAUUUAUAGCUUUUAUCGUGUAUGCAGUUUCUCUCCUCUCCACUGUAGCACUCUCCUCCGUCCUCACCACAGGGGUCGCUACCACAGUGCUGUGUUUCGCCUGGGACAAGAAGCUUGAGCCAGAGGAGGGCUCUGAUGCUGCUGGCUUGGUUGGUGACGGUUUUAUAUCCUCUGCUGAUGCCAAGGAUACUACCGGUAGUUCAGUGUAG